AUGGGCCGCUGGCGUGGCCGGGCGCGGGGCGUCGCGGUGGCGGUGGCGCACGGGCUGUGCUCCGGCUCGCUGAACAUCUUGCUGAAGUUCCUGCUGGCCCGCUACCACUUCGCCUUCCUGACACUGCUGCAGUGCCUGAGCAGCGCGGCGGCGGCGCUGGGGCUGGAGGCGCUGCGGCGGCGGGGCCUGGCAGCGCUGCCGCCCUUCGGGCCCCGCCUGGCGCGCCCCUUCGCUGCCGUGGCUGCCCUGGCCACGCUGCAGUCCACCCUCACCCUCUGGUCGCUGCGCGGCCUCAGCCUCCCCAUGUACGUCGUCUUCAAGCGCUGCCUGCCCCUCGUCACCCUCCUCACAGGCGCCCUGGUGCUCCGCGACGGCAUGCCCUCGCCCGGCGUCCUCAUCGCCGUCCUCAUCACCACCUGCGGCGCCGCGCUGGCCGGAGCUGGUGACCUGACUGGGGAUGCUAUGGGCUAUGUGACGGGUGUGCUGGCUGUGCUGAUACAUGCUGCCUACCUGGUGCUCAUUCAGAAGACCAGUGUAGACAGUGAAUAUGGACCCCUGACAGCUCAGUAUGCCAUUGCUGUUUCAGCCACUCCUUUUCUCAUCAUCUGCUCCUUUGCCAGCAUGGAUUCCAUCAAUGUCUGGUCCUUCCCAGGGUGGAAGGACCCUGCCAUGGUAUGCAUCUUUAUCGCUUGCAUCCUGAUUAGCUGUGCCAUGAACUUUACCACCCUUCACUGCACUUACAUUAACUCAGCUGUGACCACCAGCUUUGUAGGGGUGGUGAAGAGCAUAGCAACUAUCACAGUGGGCAUGGUGGCAUUUAAUGAUGUGGAGCCCACAAGGUUAUUUAUAGCUGGUGUUGUGGUCAACACCUUGGGGUCUGUCAUUUACUGCGUGGCCAAGUACAUUGAGACCAGACGGCAGAGCAAUUAUGAGGACCUGGAGGAAGAAGCUAGAGAAGAGGAAGGGAAAAGGCAGGCUGGGGAUCAAGCACUGUUUGCAGUGGAGGCUAUUUCCCAGGAGAAGGGAGCUGAGGAAGCAGCAGUGGAAGGACCAGCCACGGGGAGCAGCCAGAUCAGAGAGGAAGAAAAAGACAGCACUGAGAAACCUGUCAAGGGACUGGCGGUCCAGGGAGAAGCCACCAGCACACAAGACGUGAACAGGAGCUCCCUGAAGGAUGCCUAUCUUGGAGUGUGGAGGUUGGUGAGGGGUGCUAAUUAUAUAAAGAAGGAUUAUUUGAUAGAAAAUGAAGAGCUACCAAACCCUUAAAAAGCAGGUCUGAAAACCUAUUGCUUGAGGACAGACGCCUGGUUCUUGGUACAGGGGGAAAGGCAGAGCAUACAUUUCCACAUUGAUGCUGAUCAUGUAGAAUGACUUUACCUCAUUGUCAAAAAGCAAAAGGUCAGAGUUUACUCAUGCUUUGAGCUUGCUUUCAGCUGCUUUCGGUACAUCAAUUUAGACCCACCACAGCUAAAAAUGCCAAGUCCUCUGCUGUGGACACAGAGAGCUAGGUAAUGGGAAGUCAUGGUGUGCUUGCCCAGCAGCCUGAGCGACAAGGGACACGGGUACCAUUGAGUUAGUCGGCAGUUCCAGUGACACAGCAGUGGCCUGUAGCUUAGCUUGUGUCUGGAGCCUUGUGAUUUUAACACUAUUUGGAGGCUCUGUCGAUGUGCUUCCUUAUCUGCAUCUGUCCAAUUAUAGGUACUCAAUGUAGAUAAAAUUCCUACAAUGUAUAAGGUCCUAUUAACUGUACUUUUAUAUGCUCCUCUGUGUCAGUGCAAAUGCAACAGAACUAGAGGUUGUGCAACUUACACUGGUGAAAAAUCACCCAUUUAACUGCAGAAUUGAGACUCUCCUUGAUUCCGAGGCCAGGCUGGGCCUUCGACCUGGUUUACAUUGGGUGGUUUGUGUCUUCAAUAUAAAUGUUUUGUAUUGCAGUGGUGUGUGAGAGAGCUGAACCACAUCUGAACUUCUGAGAAGCCUUGGUUAGCAAAAGACAGAUGUUUUUCUAUGAGCUUUAACUACAUGUAGCAUUUGGAAUAUUAGCUUGACCCAAAUAAAAGAGUUUGGAAAUGUUUUAUAUAGUGAUUUGAUUUAGGAGGGCUAUAAAAAAAUUGAAGUGUGUGCCUUGUGCUAUCCCAAACUUGUACCCUAAAGUCAGGUGAACCAGAGCCUGAACCUAGGUGUCCUCUCUUAUCUCUCUCUUUCAGAAGUACAGGCUGAUAGCAGAACUGGGGACACCAUUUCUGGGGUCACCAGGGGUGCUUUUGCAGGACAGGUCUGCUACAUCCUGGCCACGUGCUGGGACAUGAUUUUGUGUGAAUUGGCCCUCGCUGUCCCUGUACUGUGGUGUCCAGUGGGAGAAGGCACAGGCAAGCAAGGAGGGAGCUGCAGAGUGCGCUGGUGGGUCCCACAAUCAAGCACUGGUGGACCAGGAUGCUUGGUGCCCUCAGCAGCAAGGUGUGCACAGCUCUUGUGGAAGCUGAUCCCCAGUGCCUUGUGGGCUGUGAGGGACAGAGCUGAGUCUCCACCCUGGCCACUACAGCACUUCUGUGGGAAGCAAGAAGCAGGCCCAUCAGUGGGCUUUCUGCUGAAUAUGUGAAUAUUUUGUAUCCUGUACAUUCAAUGGGAAGGACUGGGGAAACAGAUGUUUGAGCAUUUCUUAGUCUGGAGAUACCCUUUUGGUAGGGGAGGGUCCUUGGGUCAAACCUUUGCUCAGAAUCAGGCAGAGAAGAGAUUUGACUCAGUCUUCCUCAUCCCAAAAGGGUGCCCCAGCUGAAACAAGUUGUUACCAUCUCUUGAAAAAAGGAACCAAGUUGUUUACUGUUGUUGUUGUUACUGCUUUUAUUAUUAGUUAUUAAGCCACUGAACUAAAACCCAAUUAUUCCCAGCCCUAAUUAAGCAGUGCCUAGCCCAAUGCCUUCUGAAGCCAAGCAGGCAGCAUUAGCCUCACAGCACAUUCAGCACUGAAAUCCAAAAUGAGCAAUUUACCCAGCAGGGAAUAUUUGCAAAACUGGUCUCGAGGGGAGCUUUAGAUUCUCGUCAAUAAUUGCAGGCAGAGGCAUUGGGUGCCACAGUAUGUGUUCAGAGUGAGUGCAGAAGUUGGGUGACCUGGCAUCACCCAUGAAUUUGGAGACAGCUAUAAUGACAUUCAGGCUAAAAGCCUGUAGCUGCUGAGCUGGGGAUGGGGCAUGGAGGUCUGUGCAUCGCACAUUUUGUGUCACUUGUGUUUGAGAGUGGAGAGACACUGGCUGGAUGCCAAAACAUGUUUACUUUCCAUUCGAGUUCCACAUGGCAUCUUCUUCAACAAGAUUAUUUAUUGUUUAUAGGUGAAUAUAAUGGAGAUUUUGUUAGCUUUUCAGACGUGUCCUAGACUACAGAAGUUUGUGCCUAUGACUUAACAGUUGCCGUAC